AUGGCGUCCGCUCUGCGCCCCCUCGCGCUGCUCGCGCUCCUCCUCACCGCCGCCACGGCCGCCAAUGCGGCGACGGUGGUGACGUUUAACCCCGACGGGUCGCUGACGUUCGACGGCUACACGCUGUACAGCAACCUCACGGUCGUCGACUCCAAGGGCGCGCCCGUCGCCGCCACGGCCAACGCCGACGGCUCGUACACCGUGGGCGCCGUGUACACGGCGUACCCCAACGGCACGCUCACGGCGCCGGGCGUCGCCGUCUACACGCAGCCGCCCACGGGGCUGACCGUUGGCACCACGACGCUGCUGGCCGACGGCACGGUGACGGACGCGACGGGCGGGCUGCUGUUCGGCUCGGUGAACCCCGACAAGUCGUACAGCGUGGGCGACGUGACGGGGUGGCCCAACGGCACGAUCGUGGGCCCCGGCGGCGUGGUGGUGAACACCGGCAUCCCCUUCGCCGUCGACCCCACCACCGGCAUCGUCUCCGGCGCGCAGCCCCCCGCCGCCCCGCCUGCGCCUCCUCCCGCCGCGCCCGCGCCGCCGGUGAAGGUGAGCACGGUGAUCACGAUCAACGGCGACCGGUCGCUGUCGUUCGACGGGUACACGCUGCUCAAGAACCUCACCGUGCUCGACGCCUCGCGCGCCGUCGUCACGCCUGCCGCGAACGCCGACGGGUCGUACACGGUGGCGAGCGUGUACUCGGCGUACCCGAACAAGACGCUGACGGCGCCGGGCGUGACGCUGGUGUUCACCGAUCUGAUCAAGAUCACGGUGGGCGCCACGUCGUUCUUCAGCGACGGGUCCGUGCUGGACGCGGAGGGCAACUCCGUGUACGGCACGGUGAACAAGGACGGGUCGUGGGUGGUGGGCGACUUCACGGGGUGGAACAACGGCACGCUGGUGGGCAGCAACGGCGCCACGAUCCACACGGGGCUGCAGUACGCCGCCGACCCCUCCACCGGCAUCGUCUCCGUACUCACGCCCUCGCCGCCGCCCGCACCCUCCUCGCCGCCUGCUCCCAGCAACUCCUCCAAACCUGCUGUCUCGAGUGCGUCACCCAGCUUCGUGACUGCCGUCAUGGCCCUCGCGGCUCCUUUCCUGCUCCUGUAA